GCACUAUUUUUUUUACUAGUUAGUUGAACAGCAAUGAAUCGAGUCGUAUUCUACGGAUUAGCUGUGUUGCUGAUAUGCGGCCAAGGCUAUGCAGGCAAAUUUUAUACAACACAAGACAGGACCAAGUUGUAUAUUGAAAGGGAUCAAAAGUUAAAUUGGUAUGAAGCCCAAAGCCAGUGCGCUAUGCGAAAUAUGUCCCUAAUAACUUUGGAUUCUGUGAAGAAGUUCAAGCAGUUUACGCGUUUAAGCGAUAAUGAAUUUUGUUACAACUUUCCUGACUCUUGGAUAGGAGGCCAUGGAAAACGCGAUGGCACUUACGCCUGGAUAUCCACCGGCUAUAAUUUCAACUUCACUCAAUGGGAAAGGUAUCAACCCAUUACUGGAGGUGAAAGGAAGUGUGUGCUUAUCCUAGGCAACACCUAUGAGUGGGUUAGUGAAUUCUGCUCUGAGUUGAGAGGAUUUGUGUGUGAAAGUUUGCCCAUAUUGUGGGAGACAAGCAGGGCCAUGGAUAAAUUAAAAUCGAGUCUGGAAACUCAAAAGCAAGAAGCUGAUUCCUUUAGUAACCUAACAAAAGUUUUGCAGAUGAAAGACAAGGAGAUCGAGGAACUUAAUAACACAUACGAAUCGAAUAGAAAGAAACUAAUCGAGUUUGAAUGCAAAAAAGAGUCUUACAAAUGCACCGAAGAGAAGAUAAGAAACACGGAAACGGAAAUAGACGGUAUUCAAAACUCCAAUAAGGAUCAAAGGAGGCUAUUGCAAGCUAUGGAUAUGGAAAUAGAUAAACUUAGAAAAGAACUAGAGCUGGAAAAGAAGACAGGAAAUAAGGAAUUUGAUGAGAUAAUGGCUUUUGUGAAGGAGGCAUUGGAGAAGCAGAAACAUUUGCUAUAGCAAUAAAAAAAAUUUUGGUUGUUUUAAUAGAAAUGUCAAGCAAAAUAUGAUUGGAAUAAUAAAGAUAAAGCAGAAUGGGAAUAAUAGAAUUUUACCUAUUAACAAGAAAUUGAA